CCGCUCCGCACCGCCCCGGCGCACACCCCCACCUCCGGAGCACAAGAUGGCGGCGGCAAUGAUCGGCCGGACUGCUCUCUGCGGCAAUGGCUCGAUCCGCUUCCCCGGCACCAGAUGGUUCUUCAGCCAUGGACCAAAUGUGUUACUACAAGAGAGCAAAGCUCCACAAGCUGCAUUCUUUUCACCUCUUCAAAAAGUGAUGUUGCCACCAAAUUCCUUUCAAGGGAAAGUGGCAUUUAUAACUGGUGGAGGUACUGGGAUUGGCAAAGGCAUGACAACAACUUUAUCCAGUUUGGGUGCCACGUGUGUCAUAGCAAGCCGAAAACUUGAUGUUUUGAAAGGAACGGCAGAAGAAAUUUCUUCUAAAACAGGGAAUAAGGUCCAUGCCAUCCAGUGUGAUGUGAGAGAUCCAGCUUCUGUUAAGAAUGCUGUUGCUGAAUUAAUUCAAGUGGCAGGACAUCCUAAUGUUGUGAUAAACAACGCAGCAGGAAACUUUAUUUCCCCUUCUGAACGACUUUCUGCUAAUGCAUGGAAAACUAUAACUGAUAUUGUACUUAACGGUACCGCCUUUGUAACCUUGGAAAUUGGAAAGGAACUCAUUAAAGUACAAAAAGGAGCCGCAUUCCUUUCUAUUACAACCAUUUAUGCAGAGAGUGGUUCAGGAUUUGUGUUGCCAAGUGCCUCUGCCAAAGCUGGUGUAGAAGCAAUGAGCAAGUCUCUUGCCGCCGAGUGGGGUAAAUAUGGCAUGAGAUUCAAUGUGAUUCAACCAGGUCCAAUAAAAACAAAGGGUGCUUUUAGCCGCCUUGACCCAACUGGCAUGUUUGAGAAGAAAAUGAUUGAGAGAAUUCCCUGUGGCCGCCUGGGAACUGUUGAAGAAAUUGCAAAUCUUGCUGCCUAUUUCUGCAGUGACUAUGCAAGCUGGGUUAAUGGAGCAGUUAUUAGAAUGGAUGGCGGAGAAUAUGUUUCUAUGGCAGGAGAAUUCAAUGAUUUGAAAAAGGUUACCAAAGAGCAGUGGGAUAUGAUGGAAGCAAUGAUCAGGAAAACAAAAGGCUCUUAAAGUGCCUAACUGUGUGGUGUUAACUUCUGGAAAUAAACCACUACUAAUUCAUGAAUAUUUAGAAAUAACCAAAUGAGAAAGUGGACUUCAAAAUCUUUGUAUGUUGAUUGCAGUAAAAUAUUUCCAAGUUUUCAUAUUUGGAAUAUAACUUGUCUUUUUCCAUCUGCAGUCUAACCUUAUAAAUAGCAAACAACAGUUUGCUAAAAUUUUAUUGUACUUCGGUAAUUUCUUACAUAACCAAGUCAUAAUCUACAGUUAGGUUUUUAAAUAUUGCGGAUUUUUGCAAGUAUCAAUUAUAGUUAUAACGAGAUUUCAAGAUUUCAAAUAAAUGAUUUUCCAUAAUGAUGAUGAAUGUGAUGUAAAAAAAAAAAAAAAAAAACAACCAACCAAACAAAAAAAACCAUGCUCUACACUGCAGCCUGGGAGAAAGGCCUCGCUUUUAGAGUCUUUUGCAAAAAACUUCAGAGGAGACUUGGUUGACUUCAUGAGUUUUGGAGUCAAGGAUGUAGAGGGUCCAAAGAGUGCUCUACUGCAACUGAAAAAGAGGUAUUUGCAGCAUACGAGGGGGUUUGGACUGCUUCAGAUAUGAUUGGUACUGCAGCACAACUUAUUUUAGAGCCUUGACUACCAGUGCUAAAUUGGAUGUUUAAAGGGAAGGUCCUCUCCUCAAACUGUGGUACUUGGAGUAUGUGGAUUGCACUGAUUACAUACUGGGCUUGGAUGGGGAACACUAAUCGUUCAAGAAUCUUGGAAAUGAUCAUGGACUGGCCUGGAAGUAAGAACUUUGAAAUAUCAUCAGGGGAAGAGGUGAGGUGUGGAAGAGGCCCCCAUCAUACAACAAAUUACCAGAGAGUGAAAAGAGGUAUGCCUUAUUCUCUGAUGAGUUUUGCCAUAUAAUGGGAAAGUAUUGAAGGUGGAAAGCUGCUAUGUGGAGUCCUUUAAGAUGAGAUCACCAUCACUAUGUGAGCUCUAAAAAUGGAUGAGAUUCAAGAUGUGAAAAGACUAUGCAUGACAUCCAAAUGAGAACAUUGUCACCUGGAUGCUCUAGUGUUGGGAUGCUGAGGCCAGUAAUGUGGAUCUAGAUGGCAAAGAUGCCCUCUGGCUAGUAGGUAUUACUAGGAAUCCAGCCAAUAUCAGGAAUUAGUAGAAAACAGAAUUGAGAUUACACCCUCUGAAAGUGAAUUUUAACAGCCCUAAGGGAGAGAGAUCCCUUCAAGGAAGAUUUGAUGUUUCAUCAAAGUGAAUGGACAUCUAUGGAAAGAUAUAUCCACUAUCUAAGAGAAUUGCCCUUCUACCUAAGUAUAAUUGUUAGUCUGAAGAAAAACUAAAUCAUUAAGUCCUAAUGUUUGCACUUUGGUAAAGAGGUAAAAAAAGCCCUAAAUUUGUAACAAAACUUCAAGUUAUUAGCAGUGCUAUGCAUGUUUAUGUGAAAUGUAACUCCUAUGGUUACAUACAUUUUGAAAUACAUGACUAUCUUAGUCUCAGCUUUUUGAUGAUAUUUUCAGUCUGUUAUCUCAUACUGAACUUCAGAAAUGGCAUUUAAGAAAUAGUAAUGCCUUCUUAAGUAGCUUUUUCUUUAGCAUGAUUAACUUAAUGUUCUUGUAAAACUAAAAAUCAUUUGCUACUAAUGUGUGUGAGACAAGGGGAGUCCCUGUGCUGCAUUUGAAUUUACAGAGAGCUACCAGAGAAUCUGUAAGACAGCAUUAGUUCUGACUAUAGUCAGUUCAUUGCAACCAACAUGGUUCAAACUAGUUAUAAGCAAUUAAAGUACACUUUCUAGAUUUAGAGCGUUGCCUAAUGUGAUCACUCUCCUGCUCUGCUUUAAAUAAUGGAUUGAAUUCUUCAAAGAAAUUAACAGACUCUGACCUUUCCAGCCUGAAAGCCAAGCCUUUUUAAAAUUCUCUUUAAUUUCACCAUCCACACAUAAAAAUAUGGCCAUAGAGCUGUACAUGUUUUGAAACUGAUAGUGUGACUUAAGAAUCCAGAAUGUAAAAGAAAUGAAAAAAUGCCUUCUUUCAAGUGUUGACAGCUGUCUUGUUGCUUUACCCAUGCUUCAGGCCAUAUUAACAUGUCAGCAUCUGACUCUGAGAUUAUUUGGUUGCUUUAAAAUGAAGAUGAAGCAAGCUAUGUGUUCUGCUGCAAUGGUGGACUAUGUGAGGUGGAAUUAGUGGAAUAAUAAAGACAAUUUCCACAUGCCAUCUUUAUCCCAAGAAUGGUGAUCCUGUGCUACAGAAGAUAAGAAAAUUGUCUUUCCUUCAUUGUCAUGCUCGUCAGUUUCAGGCCAUUGCUUCUAGGGCUCGCUUUAAUUUAUAACAGUAUAUAACAAUAAUUCAUAACAAACCUUUCAACCACUCUUUCCUGAACGUUCAAAGUUACAGCUGUAUGUCUUUUAAGGAUGUUUUGCUUUCUUUUGUUAUACCUCAUGAAGUCAGAACACUGAAGGGAAGCCUACUAAAACCUGUCUUCUAAAUAACUAUCUAUAGUUACUAGGUAUCUGUUUGAUAAUAUUUGAGAACUUCCAUUACUUGCAGACACAGGCAUUGCUUCCAAAGUAUGUUACUGUACCUAUUAACUGUCUGUUGCUAAAUAAUUAAUCGUGGCAAACAUUUUUAAAGCAUAUGUUAUUUAGUAACAGAAGCAGAAAACAUUUUUUAAAUUUUAAUGAGCAUCUAUAAUAAGAACAGUUUCUUAUCUAUAAAAAUUACAUUCAUUUCAAUUUAUGCAAUUUUGCUGCUUUUAGAUUCUGAAAGAUGUGUUGGCAAGAUGAAUACAAGGUGGUGAUGCAGGUUUUGAAAGCAACAUAACCUGUUUUAGAAUUGCAUGUUAUUCCUAAUAUAUGGAAGUGCAAAAAAAAAGUAACUCUGAUCUAACCUACUUCUGCAAGAGCACGGUUGUCUUAAAUGUGUGUCCUUCCUUAAAAGAGUUGUUACACUUUUUAUGGACUCUGAAGAGUUUAUGUUCAACUGUAUGUUUUACCUAAAUACAGUUCAAUUGUUAUUAUGUGA